GUUCUCUGCCGCCUCGCUUGCACGCCGUUGACCUGAAUUGUUCUGGAACGACGACAUGACGGCCGCAGCGCCGAAGGCGAAGAAGCUGAAGAAAGCACCUAAGCCGGUCCUUGAGGCACCUCCAGCGGAUGGCAACCAUCCAGGAAUGUCGCCCUUUGCCCGGGCGCUGGGCUCCACCGACUUUCAGACGCGCGAGAAGGGACUGCAGGCGCUGGCGCACUUCCUGACACGUAAAACUGAGCUGAAGCAGACUGAUAUGAUGAAGAUAUGGAAGGGCCUAUUCUACUGCUUCUGGCACUCGGACAAGCAGCCAGUGCAGGCCGAGCUCGCGCAGCGCCUUGCGGCCAUGUUGACCAAGCUGAACGAGCAGACCGCCUACCUGUACUUCACCUGCUUCCUGGACACGAUGCGGCGCGAGUGGUUCGGCAUCGACCGCCUGCGGCUGGACAAGUUCCUGAUGCUCAUCCGCAGAUUCGUGCACCAGAUGUUGCUGUGCCUCAAGGCAGCCAAGUGGCGCCAGGAGCUGGUGUCGCGCUACACGGCCUACCUGCAGUCACAGGUGGUGCUGCCCAGCGACACGGUGCCGGCCGUGGGUCUGGCCUACCACCUGAACGACCUGCUGCUGGACGAGCUGCGCGGCGCCGCGGACGGCCAGCCAGUGCCGGCAGAGGCGCUGGCGGCGCUGCUGGCGCCCUUCGCGGCGGCGCUGGCGGCGGGCGAGCAGGCCAUGCUGAACCGCAUCAGCGAGGGCCUGUUCGACAGCCUGCUGGCCGAGCUGGCCGCGCCCACAGAUGACUCGCCCUACCUGUCGCAGCUGGACGUGGCGGCGCUGGCGGCGGCGCUGUUCGAGAUGGGAGCGGAGCAGCGCACGCGCGCGCGCAACCGCCAGGUGCUGUAUGAUCUGUCCAGCUCGCUGGAGCGGCUACAGCGGAAGCGGCAGCGCGUGGACACGGGGGCAGAGGCGGGCCCCUCCUCGAAGGGCGCUGCUGCGCCUGCGGGGAAGAUGAACAAGAAGCAACAGCGCGCGGCGGCAGCGGCGGAGGCGGCCCGGGCAGCGGAGGAGGAGGCUGCGGCCGCGGCGAAGGAGGCGCACCACGCCAACGGCGGCGCGGCGGCGGGCGGCAAGAAGGGCAAGCAGCACAAGGUGCCCCUCGACGCGGUGGCGCUGCACGAGCUGCACGAGCACCAGCACCACGAGCAGGAGGAGGCGGAGAAGCACACACACGCGCUGGAGCAGCAGCAUAAGAAGGCGGCAGUGACGCCGGCGACUGGGAAGAAGGCGGGCGGGAAAAAGGGCGGCAGGGGCGAUGUGGCCACGGAGGAGGACGGCGAGCAGGCGGCCCCAGCCUCGGCGGCGUUGACGCCGGCGGGUAAGAGCAGCAAGGCACAGGCCAAGGAGCCGACGACGGGGCAAAAGAUGGCUCUGCGGUCAGUGGUUGCGGGGGUGGGCAAGCAGGCGGAGCCCGCCUCGGCGGCCAAGUCCAAAAAGAAGGGCGCGAAGGAGCAAGCAGCUGAGGACGGCGAGGGUCUGGCAGCAGCGGUCACGCCGGCGGCCUCGGCUGGAAAGACGUCGGCGCUGGGCAAGCGCGGCGCGCCGGGCAGCAACGCCUCUACGCCAGCUGCCAACGGCGCGGCGGAGCAAACGACGCCCGCGGCUGCGGGGCCCAGCUCGGCGAACGGCAAGGCGCAAGCGGGCGCCACGACCGCCAAGAAGAAGGGCGUUGUGAUCAAUCUCAAGAAGAACCUAUACUUCGAGCACGGCGGCCCCGUACCCGAUCCCGACAUCCGCACGCCGCCGCCCCUGCGCGCCAAGGGUGGCAUCCUGAAGAAGGGCUCUGUCGCGCAGCACGCCAAGACCUGCCCGCCCAAGGGCUCCGCUGCCGCGGCUGUCACCAGGGGCGCGCCGGAUAGCGCCGGCGCCAAGGGCAGCGGCGGGCGGGUGCUGCCGAAGCAGGCGCGCCGGGCCAGCGCCGCGCUGUUCUUCUGAGGUCGUGGCCGUGAAGAUAGCAAGCGGCGAGACUUGGGCAUGUCUUCGUUUGGGGAGGCCUUAGUAUCCGGCUGGAGUCGCGUGUGAGCAGUGCUCGCUAGCGCCCUGGCGGGGACAGAAGCAAUAAGGGUUAGUAGUGCAGUAAAGGGUAAACCAUAAGUAUGUUGCUGUCUUCCGGCGCUGUCAGGCGGCUUGGAAGGCCGUCGGCAGUACGGGUGCAUCCGAGCAUGUACGUCUAUGCAACUGCUGGAUGCAAUUGGCCUGCGUUGGGGCGAACCACGGAUGUGCCGCUGGACGAUGCGCCGUUCCAUUGGGUGGUGCAUGUGAUUGCGUGGCGGGCCCGGUGGAUUGCUGGGACUCUGCAUUGGUGUCUCCAAAGUGCCAGUGGCAAGCGGAUUGGGCCGGGGGAGGAUUGGGCUGCAUUUAGUCUUAAUGAAGUAUGUCCAAGUGUUUAGUAUAGUUACUGGCUUACUGCGCUGCUGCCACGGAUUGUCAUUAUGUGGUCAAAACCGACAGGGCGGGAUCCCCGACGCCCUCCCCCCCGGCCUGAAUCGCUUCGCUCUGGGGGCUCAGCCCAAGAACGCCACGCCACGCACAAGUCUCGAGAGCUUGAUUACCAGACAGAUCUUGUGUCGCAAUGAUUAGGUGUCUGAGAGGUGCCGUGCCGGACGUGGUUUAUGGAGGAUGGGUGGUGGCAGUGGGUGGCCGUCGCGGAGGUGCUGGCACAGGCUGGCCCCGGCAUGACUCUUCUGUACACAAUACCGUACGCCGUACGGUAGAGUGCGGCAAGGAGUCCCGCUGUCCCGACUGGUCGAAGCAGUGUUCGGGGACAACAGGUGCAGUACGUCAGUAUGAAUUACGAAGGCGUCUUGACUGCAAGCUUCACAGCUCCCAAAUAUCUCUAGAACGCAUGACACUGCCGUAUGACACCGCGCUCAGUCAGAGAUGCGCCUUUGGCCGGGGAACGGCCGUGCGGGAUUCCAGGUUUGCAUAUGUGCAUUGCAAUCCGCAAGUCCCAGCUCCAAUGACCCCGCAUCACAUGAUCACAGCACCAUUUGGCACGCACGCGGCACAACGGGAACUCGUCUUUCAUCCCCUCUGCUCUUGCUUGUCCUAGAUCACAAUGCACGCGGCACCUGGUGGCAUGCACUACAGCAGUAGCCUUCAUGUCCACUGUUGCAGCGCCAACAGGCUUCCGGCUUGAUGUGAUGCCUUGGGCACAUUUAGGCCUU